AUGUCGCCACACCGCCACUCAACAUCCUGGAGAGAAAAGCGUCAGGUACAAGGUCGCUUCUUGGACCCCAAGAAGCAGGCCAAGGCCGACCGGGAGAGAUUCCGCCGCGGCAAGUGGGCAUGUCUUAAGCGACUAAACGACCUCUACCUAGAUGGACUGGACGUCGGUCGAGAACGUCGCAUAUAUGUUGUGGUUUCUAGUAAGACCAAAAGCAGGGACGGCUCUACUCAUUAUACGACAUACAACACCCACCCUGACGAGGACUGGGUUCCGCCGUUCGACGAAGUGGCUGAGCACUGGCCACAGACUGAUCAGUGGAAGCCGACGGAUUUCGAGAAGAAACAAGGGAAACGGCAGAACAUCCGGAACAGCCAAGAGCCCACAGUAGCUCAGCAUCAACUCACCAUUCCGGCGCCGCCUUCACUGCAACUCCCUUUGACGCCCAUUCUGGCUUACUUCUCUUCUCAGCUAAGCGUUCUGCCUAAAUGA